GGAGGCUCUUCAGAGCUUAGAAGGGGUCAGAGCACCCCACUCCUGAGGCCCCCGUUUCCUGCUGUGUGAAGAGAUGCUUUUACAGCCCUGAGGAUGCAUCCUCUCUCACCCCAGUUCACCAGGCAUUUAAACGUGAACAAGAAAUUUGUUUCCGCGGGGCUCAGCUUCCCAGGGGAGAGCUGAGGUCACUCCCCCUCAGGGAGAUGAGCCCACCAGCCAGCUCCUGGCUCUGGUCCACGACUUUCUAGCAGGUGCUUCCUCCUUGCACGCUUCCACGGACAAAGACCAAAGGCUACCAUCAGACCAUUCUGGUAAGUGACGCUGCAGAGCCCAGAAAGCCUGGUAGGGUGGUGAACGGGAACCAGGGGUACAAUGACCCUCUUCUCAAAGCAGGGAGGAGAGUGUUUCCCAGCUGGCAAGGGCCUCAGGAGCUGCAGCAGGUCUCAAGACAUGGCCUGGACUUCUGUCCUGCUCAUGCUGCUGGCCCACCUCACAGGUUGUGGCCCCCAGCCCAUCCUGCAUCAGCCACCAUCUGCGUCUUCCUGGCUUGGAACCACCAUCCGCCUCUCCUGCGCCCUGGGCAGCAACCAUAACAUCAACAUUUACAGCAUUUACUGGUACCAGCAGAGGCCAGGCCACCCUCCCAGAUUCCUGCUGAGACAUUUCUCACGUUCAGACAAGCACCAGGGGCCCAACAUACCCCCUCGCUUCUCCGGAUCCAAAGACACGGCCCGGAACCUGGGGUACCUGAGCAUCUCUGAACUGCAGCCCGAGGACGAGGCUGUGUAUUUCUGCGCCUUGGGGCCCCGGAGCCAGGAAAAGGAGAACUGGAUGGAGAGGGAGAGAGGGGGAGAAAAGUAGCUUACAGAUUUGGGAUCCCGGGCUCUGGAGACAUUCAGACCCUGAACUCAAGGGCAGUUUGCUUUGCUCGGCUAGGCUGGCUCAGGAAGGAGGGCGGAGCACUGGGGCUUUGUAGAGCCAAGAAGAUGGAGCCGUUCCGCUUUUCCUUGUCUUGUAGUGGUGCCGUGAGCCCCACAGGAGGCUGGAUUAUAGAAUUAAAGCUGUUUUUCUGGGUU